UUAUAUGAAUGCUUGUAUACAUGUGUAUUUUUAUUCCUGGAUUCGUGCUUUGUUUGGUGCCGAGAAUCCGGAAGAAAAUACGAGCGAAAUGAGAUUCGAAGCCAUGUGUUAUACUUCGCUCGGUGAAUUAGUUUCUCUUUGAUUUUAUUCGGAGCCUGGAAGCUGAGAUUGCUGGAGUUGAGCUCGAAUCUGUAUUCGUUUAUUUUACGAGUUUUUGUAGGCAAUCAAACAGAGCAUUAUUUGGAAGGUUUUUUUUUUUGAAUUUUUUUUGUACUGCUAUAUUUUUAUUCAUUAUUCUGUUGGAAUUGUUGCUUCUGAGAUUUCUUUUAGAAGAGCCGCUUUUCUUUUCUUUGUUCCUCACUCAGAAGCUUAAUUUUUCUGCUAGAAAUAGUAUAAAUCAUUCAAUAUUAUCUUUAUUUUUUUACGGAAAUUAGUUAUUGUGAUUAUUGUGAUUAUUUUGUCUAUUUUGAUAAGUUAAGUUGAGCUGGUGACAUCCGUAUCAGCUGAUGUCCUGAUACUUAAAGUUGGUCGUAGGCUUGUUUGUGUGGAGUGUAGUCUUAGUCAAAUUGGGCGGUCUAUGAUAAUAUGGUGUGCUUGAGGAGGGUAUAAUCUACACUAGAGUCAAUGAAAAUUUCUUAAAGCACUCUAAGAAUGUUAGGUUUAUUGUAAAUUAUGUCUGGGUGGCUUAUGCAUGCACCUUAUCAGGGCACAAGGCGAUAGAAUUCUCUGAUAUGCGGUUGAAAGAGGGGAUAUAUGAUUGAAAAAAAAUAGAACAGAAAGAGAAUAGCCCUAUGAGAGGUCAGGUGAAAUUAUGUGGAAAUGUUGUGUGGUCUUAUCUAUAUUUCCGUGGAACAAAUCUUUCUUGACUCAUCUACAUAUAUAUAUAUAUAUAUAUAUUAUAUGCAUAUAUUGAGCUGAGCUGAGUUUAGUUGCCCCACUGCGUUCAGAUUAUGUAUGACAAUGAUACUUCAAAUUAUACUAUAUAUAAAAAGUUUUGUUUAUUUGUUUUGUUUUUAAUGAUGUAUAUAAGUUAUUGGCCAAUUGCUUGGGUUUGGAGCCAGAAGAAUUAACAUACAAUCCUCAUUAGCGUUCCUCAGGCUGGGAGAAAAAUGCUGGUUGUAUAGGCCUCUCGGGUGGACUAAUAAUUAUAAUUGUUAGCAUUUUUAUCUUCAGUGGUAGUUUUCACUUCAUCUUCUUGUUUUGCUAAUGCAAGCGGCUAUUAAUUUGUAGUCAGAUAUGGUUGCCUUUGGGAAAAAGCUGAAGGAAAGACAAAUUCGAGAAUGGCAGGGGUAUUACAUCAAUUAUAAACUUAUGAAAAAGAAAGUAAAACACUAUGGUCAACAAAUUCAAGAUGGAACACUAGACCGGAGGCAUGUCCUAAAGGACUUUUCAAGAAUGCUGGAUAAUCAGAUUGAGACGAUCGUCCUUUUCCUGUUGGAACAACAAGGGCUACUUGCGAGCAGAAUAGCCAAGCUUGGAGAACGGCAUGACGCUCUUCAGGAGCAACCUGAUAUAUCCCAAAUAUCUGAACUACGAGAAGCUUAUAGACAAGUGGCCCGUGAUCUUCUGAAGCUUCUCAUUUUUGUUGACGUUAAUGCCACUGGUCUGCGUAAGAUACUGAAGAAGUUUGAUAAACGGUUUGGCUAUAGAUUCACUAACUACUACGUCAAAACUCGUGCUAAUCAUCCUUACUCACAGCUGCAGCAAGUGUUUAAGCAUGUGGGAAUAGGGGCCGUUGUGGGAGCUAUAUCUCGCAAUCUUCAUGAACUUCAGGACCGACAGGGAAGCUACUUAUCAAUAUACGAUCAGGCUGCUCUUCCCCUCCAGGAUCCUGUCAUUGAUUCAGUAAGAGCAGCUGUGGACAGGUUAACCCAUUCAACAAACUUCCUAAGCUUUUUGGGACAACAUGCACUGAUUGUGCAGGAAGAUGAGCUGCCUACUCCUGUUGAGGAACGUGUUGAUGAUCAGAGAUACCAUUUUAUGUCACUUCUCUUAAACUUAGUGAACACGUUUCUUUAUAUGGUCAAUACAUAUAUUAUUGUCCCUACAGCAGAUGACUACUCAUUGAGCCUUGGAGCUGCAGCAACUGUUUGUGGUGUUGUGAUUGGAGCGAUGGCUGUUGCACAGGUGUUUUCUUCAGUGUAUUUUAGUGCAUGGUCAAAUAAGUCAUACUUCAAGCCUCUUGUAUUUAGCAGCAUUGUUCUCUUUGCGGGAAAUACCUUGUAUGCUAUGGCUUAUGAUCUUAAUUCAAUAUGGGUUCUUUUGAUUGGUCGUCUUUUCUGUGGAUUCGGUUCUGCUAGAGCUGUUAACAGGCGUUAUAUCAGUGAUUGUGUACCACUGAGAAUCCGUAUGCAGGCCUCAGCAGCUUUUGUUAGUGCUAGUGCCCUUGGAAUGGCAUGCGGUCCUGCUCUUGCUGGCUUACUUCAAACUAAUUUCAAGAUUUUCAAGCUUACAUUCAAUCAAGACACUUUGCCUGGCUGGGUUAUGGCUAUAGCUUGGCUUUUAUACUUAAUAUGGUUGUGCAUCUCAUUCAAAGAACCUUCUCGUGAAGAUGAAGUGAUACAACAGGAAUCAAGUCGUGGAACAACAGAAAACGAUGCACUCGAGAAAGGUCUUAAACAACCAUUGCUCAUUAGUUCUGAUGACAAGAAAGAAGAUGAAGAUGGUGACCAAGAUAUAGAUGAAAGUGAAGAAGCACCAGAGGAGACCCGUCGACCAGCCACUUCGAUUCAAUCAGCAUAUCGACUACUCACACCCUCUGUGAAGGUUCAAUUGUUGAUAUAUUUCAUGCUCAAGUAUGCAAUGGAGAUUUUACUUUCAGAAUCUAGUGUUAUUACCACAUACUACUUUAGCUGGAAUACUAGCAAAGUCGCAAUUUUUCUUUUCUGUCUUGGGCUAACCGUUCUUCCGGUAAAUAUUCUUGUUGGGAGCUACAUCAGCAACAUGUUUGAAGACAGGCAAAUUUUAUUAGCAUCUGAAAUAGUGGUUUGCAUAGGCAUAGUUAUGAGCUUCCAUAUGUUUAAUCCAUACUCUGUGGUACAAUAUGUAAGCUCAGGGCUCAUCAUGUUUGUUUCAGCCGAAGUACUGGAAGGUGUCAACUUGUCGCUUCUCUCUAGGGUCAUGUCAUCGAGGCUUUCCCGCGGAACUUACAAUGGUGGAUUACUUUCAACAGAAGCUGGGACACUCGCUCGAGUAAUUGCAGAUGCCACCAUAACUCUGGCUGGAUACUUGGGGGAGAGUAAGCUCCUGAAUGUCACCUUAUUUCCUUCCCUCUUCAUUUGCGUUAUUUCCAUUAUUGCCACCUGCUUUACAUACAACACUCUUUAUUGAUUCAUCUUUAUUGGCAUAAGAAAAAUGCCCGAUCUCUUCCCAAUUCAAAACCCCCUCAAUUUUUCCGUUGAAGUGUUAUUAUUUUUUUGCCGCGUGUAUAUUGAUAGAAAACUAGGUCAUUGUUUAUGGUCUCCAAUUUCUAUAAAACCCCAUUGUGUCCUACUGUACUCGCAUUCCCCAUUUUUAUACUUGCAACCACCUGAAAUGCUUACGGGAUGUUCUCCCGGCUUGUGCAA